AUGUCCACCCAAUCCUUCCGCCAAAUCAUCGGCAUCCCCCCCUCAACCGCCACAACCACAACCUCAACCCUCAUCAUCAUCGACGCCCAGAACGAGUACGCGCAUGGCCAGCUUAAAGUCCAAGAUGUCGACAAGUCCCGCCGCGUCAUCGCCUCCCUCCUAGCCAGGUACCGCUCUUCCGGCGACGGCAGCAAUAUCAUCCACGUCCUGCACGAGACACCACCCGGCGCCCCGGUCUUCACGGCCGGCACAGACCUCGCAGAUGAAUUCAGCGAGUUAACUCCCAUGGCAGGGGAGAAGGUCAUCACCAAGAACUACCCAUCCUCGUUCGCAAAGACAGAGUUGCAUGAGUACCUGCAGAGUCUAGGCGAUGUAGGGAGCAAGAUCGUGCUUGCGGGGUACAUGGCGCACGUGUGUGUUUCGACGACGGCCAGGGCGGGCGCGGAGCUGGGGUACGAUGUCCUUGUUGUUCGGGAUGCGGUGGGGGACCGGAGUAUCCCUGGUGUUGGGGCGGGUGUGCUGGUUGAUGUUGCGUUGGGCGAGGUGGCGGAUGCGUUUGGGAGUGUGGUUGUCUCCGAGGAGAUCCAUUAG